UCAAAACUCUCUCUCCUCAUCUUUAAUUUCUCUUGUCAAUUGAGUUACAACUAUAUCAUCAAUAAACAAUGUGCAAGCAGACAAGUCCACCACUCUCUAGCAAGAGCAACAGUAUGUUCAUUACUCUUUUGAUCCCCAAAACCCCAACAAACAAAAAUGAGGGCCCCCAUAACAAGACCAACGAAAUUACCCAUUUCUCCCUUGUUUUCAAUGAAGCAAAAUCCAUAGCCAAUAUUGCUUUUCCUAUGAUACUAACUGGUCUCCUUCUUUACUCACGUUCAUUAAUUUCCAUGCUUUUUCUUGGCCGGCUUGGCGGCUUAGCGCUAGCUGGCGGCUCAUUAGCCGUCGGCUUCGCUAACAUCACGGGUUAUUCAAUCCUUUCUGGUUUAGCCAUGGGAAUGGAACCUAUUUGUGGACAAGCUUUUGGUGCCAAAAAAUACAAUCUUCUUGGGCUAUCCUUGCAAAGAACCAUACUUUUACUUAUUUUAACUUCAUUUCCUAUAGCUCUACUUUGGGUCAACAUGAAAACAAUUCUUCUUUACUGUAGACAAGAUGAGGAUAUUGCUACUGAAGCCCAAUCUUACCUUUUAUACUCACUUCCUGAUUUAUUCGUGCAAUCAUUACUUCAUCCAUUGCGUAUUUAUCUUAGGACACAAUCCAUAACAUUGCCUCUCACAUUUUGCGCGGUGUUAGCAAUUCUUCUACAUAUUCCCAUAAAUUUUCUUCUUGUUAUUAAACUUAACUUAGGUGUCAAAGGAAUUGCACUUAGUUCCGUUUGGACUAAUUUCAAUGUAGUAAUCUCUUUAAUUAUCUAUAUCCUCAUUUCUGGUGUGUACAAAAAGACUUGGGAGAAUUUGUCAACAGAGUGUCUUAAAGGUUGGAAGAAACUCCUAAAUUUGGCAAUUCCAAGCUGCAUUUCGGUUUGCCUAGAAUGGUGGUGGUACGAAAUAAUGAUUUUGCUUUGUGGGGUUUUAAUAAAUCCAAGAGCAACAGUUGCUUCAAUGGGAAUAUUAAUUCAAACCACUUCAUUAAUUUACAUAUUCCCAUCUUCUUUAAGUUUCAGUGUAUCAACUAGAGUUGGCAAUGAGCUAGGUGCUAGACAACCAAAUAAAGCCAAACUUGCAGCAAUUGUAGGCCUUGCUGGCAGCUUCAUAUUGGGUUUUUCAGCUCUUUUUUUUGCAGUAACAGUAAGGAAAGUUUGGGCCAAAAUGUUCACUCAAGACCAAGAGAUUGUCGCGUUAACCGCACUUGUUUUGCCAAUAAUUGGGCUUUGUGAAAUUGGUAACUGUCCACAAACAACUGGUUGUGGGGUAUUGAGAGGGACUGCAAGACCAAAAGUUGGUGCUAAUAUAAAUUUGGGUUGUUUUUAUAUUGUGGGAAUGCCUGUUGCUGUGGGGCUAAGUUUUUAUUUAGGAUUUGAUUUUGAAGGUUUAUGGAUGGGAUUAUUGGCUGCACAGGCAUCGUGUAUGGUGACUAUGUUGAUUGUUUUGCUACGUACUGAUUGGGAUUUUGAAGCACAGAGAGCUAAAGAUCUUACAGGAAAUGUUGUCACUGAUGAUGAAGAUAUCGAAGAAUAUAAGCAACUUGUUCCAGGAAACAAGGAUAAUUCUCUGUGUUAAUAAAGUAGGUUUUUUUUUUCUUUUCAAGUUUAUGUUAUGAUUAUGCUUAAUUAGAUGUAUAGUGGGGUCGGGAGGUAGUGGCUUUCGAAGAGCUGAGCUUUUUCUUUUUUUGGCUACUUCUGGUGAAAUUCAAAUAGGGAUAUAUAUGUGUAACAAGGAAUAUCACAAGAAGUAACAAAAGAUUGUACUCAAUCAAACCAAACACGAGAAAAGACGUUGUACUUCAUAAUAUAUCUAGUAUU